AUGAAGUUAGCAGUUAUAGUAAUAAUUGGUUUUUGUGGCUUUGCUUUAACUCCGGCCCAAAUAUACACCCAAGUAGGACCUCCUGGUCCACCAGGACCACCAGGCCCUAGCGGCUUGCCUGGCCCAAAAGGUGAAAUGGGUGAUAGAGGACCAGAGGGUAGACAGGGAAAUCCAGGUUCUCGGGGUCCUACUGGUAGACGUGGUAAAACUGGUCCUCCUGGUCUCAUAGGUCCUCCUGGUACUCCAGGCAUAAGAGGUCCUCGCGGUUAUGAUGGUGAACGUGGUCCUGAAGGCCCAGCUGGUCCUAUGGGUCCCAUUGGUCCCGCAGGUCCGCCUGGACCAGCUGCACCACCUGCUGCCCCAGCGCCUACAGCUCCUACUGCUCCAGCCCCAGCUCCCGCUCCGGCACCUGCCCCCGCACCUGCCCCAGCACCCGCUCCUGCUGGUAGAAUUGGCAUAGAUGACUUCCGCAGACGCAAUCGUUUUCGUCUACGUGAUAAUGCUGCAGACGACGAUGACGAUUAUGAACAUUAUAAUCGUCGACCAAUAUAUGAUUUGUAA